AAGUGACAUCAAAACUCCUCUUGGCUGCAGCGGAGAUAUUUCUCUUGUUUCGUUUGUUCAAGCCAUUUGCUUGUUCCUCCUGGCGUCCAGGACUCUAUUGGCCAUUUCUGGAAACUUCAAUUAAAAGGAUUUAACAUGUUUGGAUGAUUUGACCACAUGCAUAAAGUGCCAGACUGCUCAACCGCCCGCUGCAGGACGCACAAAUGAGUGAUUUUGAAUGGAUUACAACCCACUGAGGACAAAAUAACGGAUAUUGUUGGAUGUAUGAAUGUAAAAAAAGUUGUACUUUUGCCGGACACCUGUUUUAUGCCAAAACGAAGAGCUGCUGGACAUCAUGAUUGUUUAGCUUUAUGCUGCAAACUGUCGGAGAUAAAACUGAGCAACUGUGAACGUUUUCCUCGAAACGUUGCCUUAAACAUGUUGUAGAUCACUUUUGUAUUAUUUUGAAAAUCAACCCCUCUCUCACCUGCAGUGAUUUGCACUGGAUGCAGGAGUAAAACCAAGUCAAAUAUUUGCUUCACUCGGAUUCCAAACAGAAGUUUUAAGAUCAUGUAAAUGAAGGUGGUGGCCGGUUCUCCCGAGGGAUGAUUCUGGGCUCCCCGGAGCAGGGAGCGACAGUCCGGCUCCUGCAGUGUGCCUCCCCUUCGUCCUGGUGCCCCUGCAGCAGACCUGACAGAAGAUGAGAGCCGCAGUAUACCACCUCCUCGCCGGCUGCCUCUGCCUGUUACGCGCCGCUGCUGAGGAGUCUCCUCUCCCCCAGGAGUUGUUGGAUCGACUGUCCCGCAGUGAGAUCCGCAGUAUUAGCGACCUCCAGCGGCUGCUAGAGAUAGACUCCGUAGAGAACGAAGUGAUCGAUCAGACCAAACAGAGCUACUACAAGGACGUCUCUCAUAGCUUCCCUGACCCGAAAAGAGCACACACACACACCAGGCACAGGAGGAGCACGGUGGUGGAAGAGGCCUUGCCAGCCAUGUGUAAGGUACGGACGAUGAUCUAUGAGAUCCCUAGGAGCCAGGUGGAUCCCACUUCGGCCAACUUCAUCAUCUGGCCGCCCUGCGUGGAGGUGAAACGCUGCACCGGCUGCUGUAACACAAGCAACAUGAGGUGCCAGGCGGCACGGAAGCACCACCGCACUGUCAAGGUGGCGAAGGUGGAGUAUGUGCGGCGGCGACCCAAGCUGAGGGAGGUGCAGCUGAGACUGGAGGAUCACCUGGAGUGCAUGUGCACCAACCAGCACCACAUCAGCACAAACUCAGACACAGACAAUGGUAUCAGGUGAAGAAUGAAGGAAGAUGGAGGAGAGAAAGAAGAUGAUGACCUGAAGCAGAAAGCAAGGAUCAGCACAUUUCACCUCAAAUUGCUUCACCACCUGCCAUCAAAUAAAGGUUUGAUGGAGUCUACUUUGACUGUUGGGAGGUUUAAUGGAGAAGAACUGACACGUGGACCUCGUCUGUACUCUGGGGAAAAUACUGAAAGCAACACACUGGUAGACAGACAUGAACCACAAACAGCCUGAUGGCUUUCUUUCUCUGAUUCCUCAGUAGAGAAGAGAAGCAGUUAGAUGAUGAUGAACCCUGACAGAAGUGAGGCGCAUUCUGGGAUACCGCAGGGCUUAUCAUCUGCAUCCUGUUCCUAAACCGCUCGGUGACUCGGAUUAUAAACUGGCUGGAAUCUUUUCUAGAAGCAGUGACUGGGAUUAGGUUUUUGUAUCCAAGAUUUACGAUUCCUCAGCAGAACACACUCUCACACACGCUCAUAUACACACGUACGCACACGUAUAUCCUCUUAUUUUUAUAACCUCUCAUUUUCUAUGCUGUCUGUUUCUAUUUCUGGUAUGUUAUCCACAUAAAAAAUUGAGGAGACAGAUUCUCCUGACAUGUUACUGAUACUAAUAAACUAUUUAU